CCUUUAUAUAGUGCCAUCUCCCUCAUUAGCUCCUACACAGUUAACAUUUGUCUCCAACGCCCUCUCUCUCUUAAAAAAUGAAGCUUUCUAUGCGUUUGAUCUCAGCUCUUCUCCUCGUGUUCAUGAUCUUCGUCGCCACAGGGAUGGGUCCAGUGACGGUGGAGGCACGAAAGUGUGAGUCGAAAAGCCACAGGUUCAAGGGUAAAUGCCUGAGCGAAACAAACUGCAAAAACGUGUGCCACAACGAAGGCUUUACGGGAGGUAACUGCCGUGGAUUCCGUCGUCGUUGCUUCUGCACCAGAAACUGCUGAUCCAUCGAUUCCCAACUUACAAUCUUCGAUCCAUCAUUUUCUUGCAUGUGUGUGUUUGCUUCUUUCUAUCGAAUCUUCCGUACAGUACCAUCUCGUACCGUACACGUGUGUGUGUGUGUUCUCGAAUAAGUAUUUUGGUUUGUGUGUUUAAUUUCAGUUUUUAAUGUAACGUUAAAUCAACUAAUGGCUUUUAUUUCAUUUUAUUAUGGAGCUUCUA